CGUUGAGCAACUGGGGGAGAGCAUCACCAGCCGUGGGCUGGCAGCUGUGCUGAGACACCAGGGUGUCACCUCGCAGGAGAAAGUCGCAGGCAGCAGCAGUGGUGGCUCUCUGACCUGGGGGACAGGUGCCUGAACCCCCCUGGCAGGACCAGAAAUUUGGGACCCUUUGAGUGCCUGCCAGGGAGCAGGUCCCAGCAGCAUGGACAGCAGUGACACCAUCACUGAAGAGGUCUGCAGGGAGGACGACGUUGGGGAUGGACAGCUCCUGGAGGUGAUGGUGGCCGGGUACCCAGUGCUGCUGGUGAGGAACAGGAGGGAAUUCCGAGCUCUAGGCAGCAAAUGUCCCCACUACGGCGCCCCACUGAGCAAAGGGGUUUUGAGAGGGGAGAGGCUGCGCUGCCCCUGGCACGGGGCCUGCUUUAACAUCAGGACUGGAGACAUUGAGGAAUACCCUGCUCUGGACUGUAUCCCCUGCUUUAAGGUAACAGUGGAAGAGGGAAAGGUGUUCAUUACUGCAAAAAAGAAGGACCUGGAAAGCAGCCUGAGGGUGAAGGACACAAGCAGGAGGUGCCUCCUCAACAAGAACACGAUGCUGCUGCUGGGGGGAGGUGUGGCUGCCCUGGUGUGUGCAGAGACUCUUCGCCAGGAGGGAUUCACUGGCAGGAUCAUCAUGGCCACCAGGGAGAAACACGUUCCCUAUGACAAGCCCAAGCUGAGCAAGGAAAUGAACUUGAAAGCUGAGGAUGUCUACCUGAGGAAACCUGAAUUCCUCGAGGCUCGGGGCAUAGAGUUCUGGACAGAGAAAGAGGCAGUGUCGGUGGAUUUCCAGAAGCAGAAGGUUCAUUUCAUGGAUGGGUCCUCUCAGAAGUACCACCAGCUGCUCAUUGCAACAGGCAGCCACUCUGGUUUCCUCAAAAUCCCAGGUGCAGACCUGCAGAACAUAUGCACACUCCAAACCCCAGAAGAGUCCAGCAAGAUCUUGGAGCUGGCAACUGGGAAGAAUCUGGUGGUUGUGGGAGCUUCAUUCAUAGGAAUGGAGGUGGCUGCCUUCCUCUCAGACAAGGCUGGAAGCAUCUCAGUGGUGGAAAGAGAGGAGUUCCCUUUCCAGCACGCCCUGGGUCCUCAGGUUGGAGGUGUUGCCAUGAAGAUGCUGCAAAAUAAAGGGGUGAAGUUCCACAUGAAAACAGAACUAUGUGAGCUGAAAGGAAAGGAUGGAAAGGUCACAGAGGCUGUCCUUGCCAACGGAGAGAAGCUCCCUGCAGAUGUGGUAGUGGUGGGAAUAGGCUCAACCCCCAACUCAGCCUUCCUGAAGGGCACCUCCAUUGCCAGAGAUGACAAAGGUGCCAUCCUGGUGAAUCUGCACAUGCAAACCAACAUCCCCAAGGUCUUCGCUGCGGGGGACGUGGUCACCUUCCCAGUGGCACUGCUGGAUGGGGACAGGUCCAGCAUCCACCACCAGCAAGUGGCUGAGGCCCACGGUCGCUGUGCUGCCCUGAACAUGCUGGGCAGAGGGGAGCAGCUGCACACUGUUCCUUACUUCUGGACCACCUUGCUUGGGAAAAGCAUCCGCUAUGCAGGCUGUGGGAAGGGAUACACGGACACUGUUGUGAAGGGCAGCCUGGAGCAACAGAAAUUCCUGAUCUUUUACAUCAGGGAUGGCCAUGUGACUGCAGCUGCCAGCCUGAACUGCGACCCCAUGGUGUCCCUGAUUGCAGAAGUGCUGUACUUGGGGAAACAAAUCUCCAAAGAAGAAGCAGAGGCCUGUGACAUUGGCAACAUCCCCUUGCUGGCACAAAGCUAAGUUUGGUGUGUGCCCCUUGCCAGGGGCUCACAACCAGGUGUCAACAGCUCCACAUCCUCCCACCCUGGAGCAAUAAAACCAUCAGCAAAGCUGAAGCCA